UGUUGACCAAAGGCCAUAAGACAAAUGGAAUAUUUUUUACAAGUUAGACGCACUCCUGUGAUCACUUGGGAUGUUAUUGUUGUUGACAUCUCGUGAGAAAGAAACUCUUUCGCUGAUGGUCUAACGAAAUAUGGUGAUGCGAGUUAAUGAAAAGUUAGAAAUGGAAAUGGAGUUGCUCAAGUUGUCCAAAUUCAAGCUCCAGCUUCGAGCUCUCGUCACCGAAUCUCGCGAUCUCAGAGAGAGAGAACGUUGCGCAACCGAGCAAAUCGAUCUCUUAAUCCAGAAACAAAAGCAAACCGAGGAGGAAUACAGUAGAAGGAUACAAGAAUUGCAAGUCGAAUUAGCUUCAUCUAAUGAAUCACAGCAAAAACUUGAAAGAAAGGUGAGUUACCUUCAAAACGACAACGCUUUGCUUGAAAACAAGCAAAAAGAGUUACAAGGGACCAUCCAGAGCCUGCUUCAGUCCAGGGAUAGUUUUGUUAAUGCUUACCAGGAAUCUACUUGUGAAAUGAAACAGUCAAUUGAAGCUAGAGAUAGAAAACUUACUGUCCUGUCUGAGAAAAUAAACUCUCAUUUAUUGCUAUUUGAUUCAAUAGAAAAGGAGGCAUUCUCUGUGAAGCAAGUUGUGGAUAAUGUGCAAAGAAUUGUGAGUGAAAAAGAGGAAGUAGUGUCUGGAUUAAGGAGAAAAAUGGAUCAGGUCUCUGCAUUUGAAAAAGCAUUUGUUGAAAAGAUCCAUGACUUAGAAAAUAGACUGAAAAAUGAUGAAUAUGGGUUUCAAAGAAAGAAUAAAAUUAUUUCAGAGCUAGAAGCGCAGUUGGAAGUAGCAAAUAUUAGUGACUGCAGCCGAGCUCAAAUUGAAGAGCUUCAGAAAACCAUAUCAGCGAAAGACACAGUCAUACAGAAUCUCAUAGCUCAAAAAGAGGCAUUGCAUUUUGAGGUGACAAGUUUAGCAAAUAUAUUACAGAAGAUUCAGAAUGCUGUUGCAAAUAUGAAUGAAGAGGAUAGAAGGGUCUUCUCCUUGAUGCUAGAAACUCAAGAAGAGUGUAAAAUGGUUACACCAAAGGAAGAUAACCGGAUUCGAGAUACAGUUAGAGACAGUGCUGAACAAUCUCCUUAUAAGCCUUGCUGCAUGGAUGCUGCAGAGAAUAGAGCUUUGCAGCUAUCUCGGGGGUAUAAUUCAACUGGCAACCACUGGCAAGCAAACAAUGCUUCCAAUUCUUGUGUUUCAGAGUCUGCCUGUUCUCCACUGUCAGCUUGCUCUGAAUCGCAACCACGUGCUAAUGUUGACUACUGCGCAAUAUCAGUACAGCAACUUGAUUUAGAGUGCUCAACUACCCAGGCAGAAACAUCCAAAGAUGCAGAUACAGAAGCAUGAUUAUAUAAGGAGCGCACCGUGAUUGCUGCAAAGCCUAACUUGAAUUAUGUGUAGUGAUUGGGAACUUUUGUUUGUUGAAGUUUGAAUUGUGAUGAUAUUUCUUUCUACUUUUGCUAAUGCCAUGAUUGUACAUAUUCUGCCGA